AAACAACAGGAACCGAGUGAAGGGUCACCCGGUACACGUGAGCGUGCUGUGUGUAUGUGUGUGAGAAGGUACUCCAAGGAAAGUUGAGAAUUACUAGAAGUCAGCUAGAGGGAGAAAGAGAACAUCAAAACUGAAAAUGGCAACUUCGGAGGGUAAUGAAGCGUGUCCGGCUCUCACACGCUCCGUUCUGAAGCGGGUUCCGCCGUUACUCACGGAUCUGUACCAGUUCACAAUGUCGUACGCGUACUGGCGCGCGGGCAGACACAACGAGCCGGCCGUGUUUGAACUGUUCUUCCGGGACAACCCGUUCGGCGGAGGAUUUUCCCUGUUUGCGGGACUAAGCGACUGUUUGCUGUUCCUGCAGAACUUCAGAUUCUCAGAUGACGAUGUGGAAUAUUUACGCUCAGUUCUUCCGGUGAACACUGAUCCUGCUUUCUUCACAUAUCUAAAGGAGCUGGACUGUUCAACAGUGUCCGUCUCAGCUGUACCCGAAGGCUCCGUCGUCUUCGCCAGAGUUCCACUGUUGGAAGUAUCUGGACCAUUGGCAGUAGUUCAACUGCUGGAGACGAGUCUGCUUUGCUUGGUUAACUAUGCCAGUCUAGUGUGCAGCAAUGCUGCUCGAUUCCGAUUGGCUGCUGGUUCAAGCCGUAGAUUAAUGGAGAUGGGUCUCCGAAGAGCUCAGGGCCCAGACGGAGGACUGACCGCCUCUCGUUAUACAUAUAUUGGAGGGUUCGAUUUGUCGAGUAACGCUCUCGCUGGCCGUCUGUAUGGAAUUCCAGUUGCAGGCACCAUGGCGCACUCUUAUGUCACUUCCUUUUCCUCCUUGGAGGAGGUGUGGCCACAGACUCUGGUGCCCGCGGGCGGCGGCGGCCCCCCCAUUGACUUUAUCAGUCUGGUGAAGGGUCAGCUGGGUCACGUGUGCCAGUUAUUGGGGUCAAAGACUGACCUCAUUCGAGAAGGCGAGCUGGCGGCCUUCCUGUCCUAUGCCAUCGCUUACCCUCAAAACUUCCUGCCUGUGAUUGACAGCUACAGCGUCAGCUGCAGUGGUCUGCUGUGUUUCUGUGCCGUGGCGUUGGCGCUGUGUGAGCUGCAGUAUCAGCCGCUGGGCGUGAGGCUGGACAGUGGCGACCUCUGCAUGCAGUCGCUGGAAGUGCGGCGAGUCUUCAAAGAAUGCAGCAAACAUUUCUCUAUACCUCAGUUUGAGUCUCUCCUCAUAGUCGGCACAAACAGCAUUUCUGAACACAGUCUUGCUGAACUCAACAAAAAAGAUAAUGAGAUUGAUGUUGUCGGGGUGGGCACUCAUCUCGUCACGUGCACACGUCAGCCCUCUCUGGGGUGUGUAUAUAAGUUGGUAGAGGUCAGAGGUCAGCCCAGAAUGAAGAUGAGUGAAGAUCCAGAGAAGAGCACACUGCCAGGAAGGAAGUCCGUCUAUAGACUUCUGGACACAGACGGUCAUCCACAAAUGGAUCUGAUCUGUUUAUCAGAAGAACCUGCCCCGAAAGUGGGCGUCUCACUGACCUGCUAUCCUCUAGAACUGCACAAGACGGUGCAAUCGGUCACACCUGUUCAAGUGACCAGCCUACGCUUGAAUGUCUUUUCCUGUGGUCAGAUCACAUUCCCUCUAAACAGUGCAUCAGAGAGUCGAGAACGAGCCCAGAUUUCUCUACAAACACUUCAUCCGCACCACAAGAGACUACAGGAACCGCACAAUUACACUGUGGCUUUAUCAGAGCGCCUGCACUCGCUGGUCUCUGACAUCACCAGAGGAACCAGUAAAGGCAGCAACUUCCUGCUGUCCAACUGAAGCUGAGAACAGGCUUUCCUGUUAAUCAUAUCACAUCUAAUUUUAAAGCCAUGAAAUCCAAAGGAAAAAGUGUCUUGAAGUCCCGGAGUGCCCUUAAAAAGAAAUGAUUUUAUUAACAGAGAUGCACCAGUACUGCUGGUUUGUCCCCAUCAAACACCAGUUACAAGAUACUCUACCAGUCUUGAUUGUAGAAUAUGGUAUUGGCGCACUUCUACUGAUUUACUAAUGAAUAGAAUUAAUUAAUAAAACUGUACUUAUGUAUGACGUUGUAAUAAA